GGAAUGGGUAAAAAGUAACACCGAUAUUUCGAUUUAAAUACUGCGACAACAGGCACGAAAUUUAUCAGUCACUGUAUUGUAUUUGUCACCGACAGAAUAAACACAAUAUUUUAUCACCGUCCAAAACAACAUUCAUACAAAAUGAUCGCCAAGGUAUUCCUCAUCGUUGCUUGCGCAUCCAUCGCCGUCGCCCAGUACGCAUCUUACGCCCCGGAACCCAAGUACGCCCCAGUCCCAUACAGCUUCGAGUACAGCGUAAACGACCCACACACUUACGACGUCAAGAGCCAACACGAAUCGAGUGACGGAAACGGUAACGUAAAAGGCUACUACAGCCUUUUGGAAGCCGACGGUUCCACCCGUACCGUUGAAUACACCGCUGACGACUACAACGGUUUCAACGCCGUCGUCAAGAACUCUGCCCCAUCUGCUGGCUACAAACCAGCUUACUCCGCGCCAUCAUACUCUGCCUACAAACCAGCAUACUAAUUUUUUUUUCCUCCAGUCACAAUAUCAUGUGAACCAAUACUAUCUUCUUCGUCUCAUCAUCAUGUUUUCUUCGCGUACACCAGCUCUCUAGGCUCUCAUCGCAUUCAUAUUAAUAUUGUGAACCGCGGUCGCAAAGUCAUAACACACUAUAUUAUGUAUAUAGGUAUCAUCGAUAUAGGAACACGACAACGGGUAAGAUCUGUGUGUAUUUUAAUGUCACCGUCGUCGAGAAUAUCGAAAGCGGCUACAGAGCACCGAUAUGGAGCUCCGGCAUAAAAAAAAACCACUCCUAUUGAUCAAUAUACCUAAUAAUAAUAUAUCACUGUAUUAUAGUGUCGUGUUCUUGUUUUGUAUAAUAUAUUGUUUUCUGUUCGUCGAACACAAAAAUCCUCAUGUUCUUAUCAUCCAUUCGCCAUAUUAUAUUGUUAUGUACAUAAUAUUAUAUUAUUAUAGUUGUUAACCAAUUAUGUAAACUAACACAAUUUUAGUUGUACUUACUUACAUGUUUUGAAAUAAUAAUAAUAAAAACUAUUCAUAUAGUUACAUACAGUUA